AUGCAUCGAGCGGCGUCGCUCGUCCCAAAGAUCCUAUUGGGAAUACUGUCCCUCUGCAUUUUCUAUCAAAUUUACUGGUUAGAGCCAGAACCAGUUGCAUUGCAGCAGAGCGACAUUUCCAAAUCGACAUGGUUCCAAGAUGUGCAAAAGGCACAACCACAAGACGCCCAGGCAUCAAUUAGUGCCACUCUGGCAGCAUCCAAUGUGUUCACUCCUUCACCAUCGAGCACACUUACUCUUUCACUAUCCGCUACAUCCGCUCCUUUAGUCUCCAGUACAUCCGCUUCAUCUGCUUCCAGUACCCCUACUCCAUCGCUCGACCUCAGCAAAACGCACAUCUCCUACGGCCACACACAAUGCAUGCCAGAUUUCGACAAGCACUGGAAGGGACAAGCAGUCAUACGCAAAGAAUCAUGCGCAAAGCAUGCCCCCUUUGAAACCAAAGAGACCCGCCGAGUCGCCCUCGCCUCUAUCACAACUGGCAAAAAAGUAGAAGCCUACCAACGCGCAGUCCAAUCCCACAUGCUCCACGCCGCCGUUCACGACACCUCCGCCCACAUCCUCUGCGAAGACCUCGCCGACGGCGCCUGGAACAAAAUCGCCUUCCUCCUCCACCUCGUCCAAAACGAGCUGCUCAAGCCCAACCACACCCGCUUAGAAUGGAUCCUCUGGAUCGACCGUGACGCCAUAAUCAUGGACCCGUGCCGUCCCCUCUCGAGCUUCCUCCCCCCAGACACCCCCGAAUACGCAAACGUCAAUCUUAUCGUCAAUCGCGACGCCGGCGACCUAAACGCCGGCUUGUUCCUCUUCAAAGUAAACGAGUGGUCCGCCAAACUCUUCAGCACAAUCCUCGGAUACCGAUACUACCGUCCCAACGACCGUCUACCCUCUGCAGAACAAACAGCCAUGUCGCGGCUCCUCAGCGAGCCCGGGUGGUCUGAAAAAGCAGCCUGGGUCCCCUGGUACUGGUUCAAUGCGUACCCAGCGCCCAACAACAGCAUUGUCGAUUUCGCAGCGGGCGCGCAGCCUGCAAGUCUAAAAUGGUUUCAAGCCCGCAAGGGACACUUUGUCGUGCACUUUGCGGGCGACGAUGGCAGAAGCGCGCGCAUGCUCGAGUGGGAGGAUGUCAUUGAAACCAUGGAUGUGUGGAGGGAGGGCACUGCGAAGGUAGAUGUCACGGCAGAGGUUAAGAGGUAUUGGGAUGCGUUUAGGAGCGGCGCACUGAAAUUGUGGCAGAAGACGGGGGAUCCGAGGGAUAAGGUGAAGGAGGCGAAGGAGGAGGAAGAGCGGAAGAAGAAGGAGAUGAUGAGGGUUAAGGAGAUGGAGGAGUUGGAGGAGGCGAAGAAGGCGCUUGAAUUGAAGGUUGUGGAGGAUGUUACGGAGGUGCGGCAGGGGGAACGGCUGGAGAUUGAUGAGUCGGCGGAUCCGGGGGGUUUCCGCAGGCCGUAUGAGGAGGUUGCUGAUGGGAGCGCAGACGAUGACGUCGAGCUUUCCUAG